AUGGAUCAGAUGGUUCAGACAUAUUCAUGUAAACGAAAAACAAAACGAUGGCCAAUGACUUUCUUCUUCAACGUAAUUGAUGUUGGUGCUCUUGCUGCUUGCAUCGUUUGGUUAACUAAAAAUCCUCAAUGGAAUGAGAAGCAAUGCUAUCGUCGACGUAUAUUUAUAAUGGAAUUAGGUUAUGAUCUCAUUCAAUCUCAUUUGGAACGACGACAACAUCAGCCACAAGCACUUCAAAAAGGCGUUCGAAUAGCUAUGCAAGCAAUUGGACUAACUGUUGCUACUUCACAACCGAUUACAGUUUCAACAGACACUGCAAAGCAGCAUUGUCAUCUUUGUCCGCGAGAGCGCGAUCGGAAAGUUGUUACUCAUUGUUCAAGUUGUAAUAUUCCCUGUUGUCCUGAUCAUCAUAAAGUUAUUUGCACUGUGUGUAGCGAAACAUUUUUAGGAUAA